UCCCUCAUCUGCUUCAUCCCACUCCUCCACCCGCCCACCUCCUUCCUCUCCUACAUGUUGCACUGAUUCUCAUGCAGCGUGAGUUUUUCAUCCAUGACGGAAUCUCUUCAACGUGGACUCGACUCGUGGCUGGAUCGGCACGUCGGGGUCAGGAUGUCGGCGCUCCUCGUGCCGAAGCCGUUUUGUCUUCAGGAGCAGUGAGAAAAAUCCUACCAGGUGACAAAAAAGCUUUUUAUUCUGUGCAGCCUUGAGGAUUAAUGAAGCUUUCCUUCUCUUUUUUUUUUUUUUUUUGAGUUGAUGAAACUUCACACAGACCAAGAAUUCGUGCUUUUUUACUUUAAUUUCUCACAAUAAGUACAGAGCUGCAUCUUCAGUGAACUUUCAGCAGAUCUUUGCUCCUCAGAGCGAGGAGCUCUUCUUAGUAACAAGGUUCAAGCAGCUGCAUGGAAGCAUCUCUGCUGCUUUAACCUAAACAGCUGUCGGCUCGGCGAAGCUGCGGGAAACUGCACGCCGACAAACUUGUUUGCAUCAGAGUGCCUCGUUCUUAGCAACUGACGAGGAUGAGAGACGCUGUGAUGACCUGCCUGUAUUUGACAAGAGUGUUUUUCACCUCGCUGGAGACAAGAGCACGCAGGGAGAACACUGACGGGAGGGGACAGCCGGCGAGGCAAACAGUUUGAAGAAGAGUCGCAGAGCUGAGAGGAGGAGGAGGAGGAGGAGGAGGAGGCAGGAAAGUCAAAACUGCAACAGAUUUGGUCAGAAGCCCAUUUGGUUGUGGAGCGUUGUGUUUUGUCAGAGCCACACGGGGCUAGCAACUCUCUGUAUUUUUUCAUCUCUAACACAUAGACGACACAAGACAAUGGAGCUUCAAAACACCACUUUUGGCAACUCUUCACAAGCUCAUAAUGUUUGGGAGGUAAUCACCAUCGCCACGGUGUCUGCCAUCGUCAGCUUGAUAACUAUAGUUGGAAACGUGCUGGUGAUGCUGUCUUUCAAAGUGAACAGCCAGCUUAAGACUGUAAACAACUACUACCUGCUCAGCUUGGCCUUUGCUGACCUUAUCAUAGGAGUGCUGUCCAUGAAUCUGUACACUACUUAUAUAUUGAUGGGCUACUGGUCCUUGGGGAACCUUGCGUGUGACCUCUGGCUCGCAGUAGAUUAUGUGGCCAGCAACGCUUCAGUUAUGAAUUUACUUGUCAUCAGCUUUGAUAGAUACUUCUCUAUUACAAGGCCUCUGACUUAUAGAGCAAAGAGAACUCCAAGAAGAGCUGCCAUCAUGAUUGGACUGGCCUGGCUGGUGUCCUUUGUCCUCUGGGCCCCGCCCAUUCUGUGCUGGCAGUACUUUGUAGGAGAGAGAACUGUGCCUCUGGACCAGUGUCAAAUCCAGUUCUUAACCGAGCCCGUGAUCACGUUUGGAACGGCCAUCGCCGCCUUCUACAUCCCCGUCUCGGUCAUGACCAUUCUCUACUGCAGGAUCUACAAAGAGACUCAGAAACGGACGAAAGACCUCGCCGAGCUGCAGGGGCUGGCGACAGAAAACGUUCUGGAGGGAUCCAAACCGCAGAAGACCGUCAUCCAUUCCUGUUUUCACUUCACCAGAGAGAGGCGAGACCAGAGUCAGGCCUCGUGGUCCUCGUCCAAUCAAAGCAACGCCACGAAAACGACCGUAAGGUCGGACGAGGCAUGGGUAAAAGCAGACCAGGUCACGUCUUUUAACAGCUACUCGUCAUCAGAGGAAGAGGAGCAUCACGGUUCCACAGACACCCCUGAAGGAUCAUUCAAGGAUCAACACGCUGGACAGAGCGAUAAGAACGGCCAGGCGUCAGAGUACACAGAGGACCAGUACUUUUCCACUCCUCAAAAGAAGAGUCAGAAAAAGUGCAUCUCUUAUAAAUUCAAACCUGGCUCCAAGAACAAAAACAGCAACUCCACAAAUCCAGCAGCUCCUGAGCCAGAGGAGCCCGCCAAAAACACACCUUCCUCCUCCUCUACCUCCAAACCCAUAGACCCGGCCCUGAAGAACCAGAUCACCAAGAGGAAGAGGAUGGURCUGGUGAAAGAGAAGAAAGCGGCUCAGACCCUGAGCGCCAUCCUCCUGGCCUUCAUCCUCACCUGGACGCCGUACAACAUCAUGGUGCUCAUCUCCACGUUCUGCGCAGAGUGCAUCCCCGUGUCCCUGUGGCACCUGGGCUACUGGCUGUGCUACGUCAACAGCACCAUCAACCCCAUGUGCUACGCCCUCUGCAACAAGACCUUCCAGAAGACCUUCCGCAUGCUCCUGCUCUGCCGCUGGAGGACGAGGAGGCGAGGCAAGGACAAGCUGUACUGGGGCGGCCAGAACCCCAACGCCAACAGUAAGGUCAACUGACGCACACCUGUUGGUUCACACCUGGCGGGUGUUUUAUCUUCGGCAUGAUGUGCUGCAUGUGUGUCGAAAACACGCGCCGGCGGGAAACGAGUAGAAUGAGAAAACGUGGCUAAUUAGCUUUAAAGCUAAAGUGUGGUCAGUUCAAGAUGUGUGAACGGACACGCCUCUGACAUACCAAAAACAUCUCCAACUGAAACAUCUGUGUUUGUGUUGUGGUUAGUGCCAAGUUUUACAAGAAAACGUAAAAAAAAGAAAACGAAAAAACUGGAAAUGUUUUUUUGUGUGUGUGUAACAGUCCAUCAGGUGUUUCAGAACUGCUUUUUCAUACAAAACAAAGAAACGUUGGAAUAGUUUUGUUGUUGUAUUGUUCAGUUAUUUAUUUAAAUGUUAAUUUGGAUGUAGAGAAAUUUCAUUUUUCACUGCAAAACCACAACUCAAAAUGUGAAGAUGUUGCUUGAAAUGUAAACAAAAAUCAAAAAAUUGAAUCCAAUGAUUUGUAAAUCUCAUGAAACUUAUAUUUUAUUCAAAGUUUUACCAUUUUUACCAUUAUGAAGCAGCCUGUAAACAAAUGAGGAAA